AGAAAUCAAAACUUGUAAGGCGUUCAGAUUUUCAAGUUCCUCUCUCUCUCUCUCUGCUUUCUUUCCUUUCCUUGUUCUUUACCCAAUAAACCCUAAACCACGCGAUCCCAAUCUUUACACGAUUGAUUUCCAAAUAUUCACAACCCUUUAAACCCUAAUUUUUGAUCUAAAACCUUCCUUUUUUUCUUUUUUUCUUUUUAUCAGGUGAUUGCUUUUCUUCCUUUAAUGUCGCCGCCGGCGGUAGAACUACGAUCUCCGGUGAUAUCCCCACCACCCGAAUGCUCAUCAGCCACACUCUUAAACACUGAGCUUGAACCCCAUCAAUUCCACUCAUCGUUUAGUUUCCCCGCUUUUUCUGCCCGUGAUUCACAGCAGGGAGCGAGCACCUUCCCCGCUAGUGAUCCGAGUGAACUUGAUUUGAAGUCCACUUUCAAUUCUCAACGACCAGCUCGAUUGCGGCCGAGACUUACGAAGGUCAGGAAACGGGUCGCGUCGCAGCAUGCCAGGUGGAAACUUGGCUCUUGCGAGGUUAGUUCGAACGACGAGUUUUUGUCUUUUGGCGAUUCCUUGAAGUUUGAUAGCGGUUUUGUGUUUGGUGGGAAUCGGGAUGAAAAUUUGAAUUUUGGGAAUAGAGUGUCCUGUGACAAUGUGCAUAAGAAAUUGGAUCGUAGGAAGGUUGAGAAUCAAGUGUUCGUAUUUGGUGCUAAACUGAGCAACUCGGAAAAUUCAGACAAUAAAUGUGAACAGUCUAGUGUAAAUUGUGAAAACCUUUUAGCGGAUGAUGGCGGGAAGAAGAAAGCAGAGUGGAAAUGGGAGAAUUGUAUGAAUGUUGAGAAGCUCAACUCCGGUGGUGUAGAAAUGAAAAUAGAUUCUGUAACAACUGAUGCUAUGAAUAACAAUGCGGAGUCUGUAUCAGCUGCUGAAACGAUUGAUCUGGCAUCCACGAUAAAUGCAGAAGAGGGAGAACUUGAUGAAUCUGUGGGGAAGGCGGGUGCUGAUAGUUGUAGCAAUCUUAAAACUGAAAAUUAUGAUUGUCUAAAGAAAUCUUUUGAUUCAACGUUUGUAUUUGGUGACAAUUGGUUUGAUGCAAAAACUAAUAUAGAAAGUUCUGUUUCUGAUUUUGGAGUGAAGAUGAAAACAGAAAGCAUAGCAGAGGUUCAGAAGGUAGAAUCUAAUAGUGUUAACUUUAGUUGUGAAGAGGGUAUAGAUGUAUUUGUAUUCGGAAGUUCCAGCUUAAACGAAGUAAAGAAAGGGAGGCAUUGGAAAGGGAGGCCAAAGACAUUAUUUACUCUUCUGGAUGAGAUGGAUAAUCUGAACAUCAAUGAUUCUGGGAAUAUUAAGGCAUUGGAAAAACCUGAGUGUUCAAAUGCUACCUUUCCUGAGACCUGUUCCAGCUUUAACUGUUGUGACAAGCCAUCUGUUUCUUCUAAUGGAUGUCUUGGAAAUGAUACCUCCAUCUCUUCUGAAGUUCCGGCAGGUUUUACUGGUAGGACUUCUGAGGAUAAUCCUGAAAGUAGUGGCAAGAGCAAAACUGAAUUUCAAAGUGGUUUUGAGAGUUGUUCUAGCGCCGAGCCAUUUAAUUUUAUGCCAGGAUGCUUUGUAAGUUGUAAUGGGUGUCAGUCUCCUCAACCCUGUGUAAAUGAUACUUUGCAUGUACAAAAAGCCUCAACAUCACCAUCAUUCUCAUCAGCUGACUUUCAAUGUCAAUCAAAUGAUAAUCCACAAGUUCAUUUGGAUGAAGUUGGAAAAAAUGAUGAACAUUGUCCUUUUGACGCUUCAAAUAAUUUAAAUGCCUCCGGCGAGUUUAGAAUUCCACAGUGGGACCCUUUGUCUUUCAAAGAAAAUCUGUUCUUAGAUCUUAAUCGAAAUUCAGUAUCUAGUAUUAAGAGUAAACAGAACAAAACUAAGAAAAAGAAAGUAAGGGGAAGUCUGAGGCAAACUAAAUUGCAAGAUAAAGUGUCAAAGGACAAUGGAAGUUUCGAAAUUAAUUUGGACUCUCCUGGAUCUUGCACCCCUAUGGAUUUCUCCCCCUAUCAGGAAACUAUAUCCGUUGACCAACAUCCAAGAGAUAUGCCUGGUGAAUCCUCCCCUCUGGUCAAUAGUUCUGCACCUUACACGACCAAUCCUACAGUCUGUACCAAUGAGAAUGAUGUUCUUUUAACUGGAAGAAAAGUUGUGGAUGCACAUGAUGGCAUCUGGAAAUAUAGUAAGCCUAGCGAGGGAAGUUUUGGACACCAUGGAAAUGGGAUUUCUGUUCACAGUUUUGAAGGUUUUGAUUCUAGAAAUGAAAGAGUCUGCUCUAGUCUCAAAACCGAGCAAUGUUGUAGCAGUGGUUUUGCUUCAGGACCUACAGCGAAUUGCAGAAAGACUGCAGAUUCAGGAGAAAUAUGUGGCAAAAGUUUUACAUUUUCCGCAUCUUCUUCCAUCCAAGCUAGUGUUUCAGGAACAAAGAGUCGGCAAAGAAAGAAAAAUAAGAAGAAAUCUAAUCACAAUACUUUUGUCAUCUCCCCAAGUCCAGAUAUUAUGUUUGGACAAUCUUAUGAGUUUUCAUCCAUUGCCAGUACAUCAUUGCAUUCAGAGGCUUCAAGUAAAUUGGAAGCAGAAGGAAAGCUUAAGCAAGGGCAUCCUUUCUCGACUGCAAUUCAAGAGACAUGUGAGAAGUGGCGACUUAGAGGAAACCAGGCGUACAAAAAUGGGGAACUUUCGAAGGCGGAGGAUCUUUAUACGCAGGGGAUAGGUUCUGUUCCACAUAACGAAGAAUUGGCAUCUUGCCUGAACUCUCUCAUGCUCUGCUACAGCAAUCGUGCAGCCACACGAAUGUCUCUUGGAAAGAUUAGGAAAGCUUUGGAAGAUUGUGGAGUGGCUACUGAAUUAGAUCCAAACUUUCUUAAAGUUCAAGUGAGGGCUGCAAAUUGUCAUCUUCUUCUUGGGGAAACUGAAAGUGCACUACAAUAUUUUAGCAAGUGCUUACAAUCUAGAGAUGGUAUAUGUUUAGACCGGAGGAUGAUAAUUGAAGCGGCUGAUGGCCUCCAGAAGGCUCAGAAAGUAGCCGAAUAUAUAAGACGUUCUUCUGAACUUUUGGAGCAGAAAACUGACGAUGCAGCUCUCAGUGCCCUGGAUUUGAUUGCUGAGGCUAUAUCCAUCAGUGUGUAUUCAGAAAAAUUACUUGAAAUGAAAGCUGAAGCUCUCUUUUUGCUUCAAAGGUAUGAAGAGGCAAUUAUGCUGUGUGAGGAGAGUCUUUGUCAUGCCGAGAAAAAUUGUAUUGCAGAAAGUGCUAUUUUCAAAACGGAUUUUUCUGGGUGUCAAAGUCAUUCAGUUGCUAGGUUAUGGAGAUGGUGCUUGAUAACCAAAUCUCUUUUCUAUCUUGGAAAAUUUGAGGCUGCUCUUGAAACAGUUGGGAAAAUUAAGCAAGAAAAUUUUAAUCAAGAAAAGUCCAGAAUUAAAAGUUUGGAAUUAUCAUUCGCAUUAGCAGACACGAUACAGGGGCUUCUCUGUUGUAAGAGUGCAGGGAAUGAAGCAUUUCGAUCAGGGAAAUAUGCUGAAGCAGUAGAGCAUUAUACAGAUGCAUUAUCUAUAAAUGUUGAAUCCAGAUCUUUCACUGCAGUUUUGUUAUGUAAUCGUGCUGCAGCAUACCAAGGUUUGGGUCAGAUUGCUGAUGCCAUAGCAGAUUGUAAUCUGGCCAUUGCCCUUGAUGAAAACUACUCCAAGGCAUUUUCUAGAAGAGCAAAUUUACAUGAGAUGAUCAGAGAUUAUGGUCAAGCAGCUAGCGAUCUCAAGAAAUAUAUCUUCAUUGUUGAAAAUAAAUCGGAUGACAAGGUCACUUCUAGUAAAUCUGCUGGCCGUGUAGAAUUAAAGAAAGCUCGUAGGAACAAGCUUUUGAUGGAAGAAGCCGCCAGAAAGGAAAUUUCCUUGGAUUUUUACCUUAUCUUGGGAGUUAAAGCAACUGACACUGCGUCUGAUAUCAAAAAGGCAUAUCGUAGAGCAGCCCUCAAGCAUCAUCCUGACAAGGCUGGUCAGUUCUUAAGAGGUGACAGCAGUCAUGAUGGACGACUCUGGAGAGAUAUCUCGCAGGAUGUUUAUAGGGAUUCUGACAGGCUUUUUAAGCUCAUUGGUGAGGCUUAUGCUGCGCUCUCAGACUCCAGCAAGAGAUCGCAUUACGAUCUUGAAGAGGAAAUGAGAAAAGUUGCAAAGGAAAGCAACAGAGGCAGCAACAAUAGAAGAUCUUCCAAUGUCUAUGGCUCUCCAUUUGAGAGAAGUACUAAUGGACGAAACUACCGGUAUAAUUGGAAGUCAUGGGGAAGUUCACAUUCUGCAUGGUACGACCAGCAUCAAUAUGCAAACUUGUAAGAUAAUUUGCAAUUCUUUUUUCAUUUAAAAGAAAAGAAAGAGAGAGAGAGAGAGAGAGAGAGAGAGAGAGAGGACAAACUCCUUCCUCCUGAGCUUCAGUUCCGUAUUAAAAAGAAGCAUGUAGCCAUCAAUUUUUACAACUGCUACAUGUUCUUGCCAUUCCUUCGCCUUUCCGGGUUCAACCGCAUGCUUCUCUCACAGAUUUUCUGCAAAGACAAAGGAAACAGAGGAGAAAAGGAAAGAAGGUUGAAUUAAUAGCUAGCUUUUGUUUCCAACACAUUUGAAGGUUCAGCGUGAAGUAGUUAAAUAAUAGCUAGAAAUUGGCUACAGUUUCUGCCGCCAUUGCCAUAAUCCGAACAAAGGUCAUAUUUGUACAAACUUCAUUAUCAUGAAAAAGAAAGAAUAAAAGAGAGAAGAUAGAGUUGCGAGUUUUUGCAAGAAAGGCUAAUGUUGAUGAGCCAAGCUGUGCUGGAAUUCAACAAGAGCUAACCAUAGAGGAAAUAUUUUUUCUUCAUUUCAACACACAUUAGGAGAAUUAGUUAAACCGAGAUUGUAAUGUUUUACUUUCUUUUCUUUAGUUCAAUGUUGCAUUCUAUUGGCAAAGACUUUCCCAUUGAGUUAGGGUAUUAAAACAGUUUUGUUUCUAAAAUUUA